AUGGCAGACAAGUUUGUCACCGCCCACGCCGGAGCUAAGAAAGCGGAGGCCGGGGUAAAUGACAUAUUCGCCGUUAGGCAAUCGCCCGGCGAAGGACUCGGGGACUUCCUCGCUCGGUUUAACAGGGUGAGAAUGAGCUUACUUAACGUAUCGGAGGGGAUGGUGGUAGCAUUCUUCAAAAACGGGUUGAACAAGAAUGGAUCAAGGGCGACCAGGAAGUUGUUAAGCAAGCUAAUGAAAUACCCUCCCACCACUUGGGAAGAAAUCCACAAAGCUAACUGUGUCGAGGUGAGAGUAGAUGACGACGACCUUAACGGUCCAACCCAACGUUUAACGUCAAUCCAAAUAGAGCCGAGGAAAGACCGUCGUAAUGAAAAUCGAAGAGAUCUGUCAGGCCCACGCCUCAAUCGAGACAGGCAUCAUCCCUAUGUCAGAACAGCCAUUCCACCACCCCCUCGACAUGCGGAAGGGCCGCCCAGACCACACACAGGGACUCAGCAAAGCGAAAGAAUGUACGCACUAGAGAAGCUUGGCACAAAGGUAAAGUGGCCGCAAAAGAUGGAGUCCGACCCAAGUACCCAAAAGUCGAACGUCCUUUAUAAAUUUCACCAGGAGCGGGGUCACAAAACCGAAGACUGCAUAGCCCUACGGCAAGAAGUAGUGAACAUGCUAAACCAAGGACACCUGAAGGAGCUGAUGAGUGACCGAGGAUGA